UUGCAAUAAACUGAGCGACAGCCCCCAGCCCUGCCACAGAGCUCAAGGCAAGCUGCUGAACACUUCCCACACCAAAACUCCUAUUACUAAUAACAAACUUUCAAUAAGCUGCAAGUAAGGGAGAAGAUUAAGGCCCUUUCUCUCCUCUGAACACGGACACCAAUUUCUCUCUAUCUGCACUGCACUCUAAUCUGUCACCCGCACCUCUCUGCCCUGUUGAGUAGCCAUGGAGAAGGUCCAGCACAUAACCCGUUCUGCAAUGAGGAGAGCCUCAAACAUUGAGGUCAACCCACAGACCCGGCAAAACCUGCAGGAGCUUUUUAUCAAUUUCUCUCUGAUUCUUAUAUGCCUGUUGGUCAUCUGUAUAAUUGUCAUGCUUCUCUGAAGAUUCCUGCUGUGUACCAGAAAGACUAUACAUGUGCCUAUUGGAAGGGAUUGGUACUCUGGCCACGGUAAAGAUGUGGCACUAUUUUUAAGCUUGCACAAUGGCUAGUCUCCCAAUUGUGUAUGCAGUGUACUAUAGGAUUAUUUAUAUGUAAGUUUUAUUUCUAAUUGUAAAUUGCAUAUAGCUGGGUGUUUAUACAUGGCUGGCAUUGUAUUAGACAGCUACAGUAUAUUUAUACAGAUAGCAUUCAACAGCUCUUGCCAUUAUCAGAUAUCCUGGAAACAUGCAUAUUCCUCUGUCUGUUACUUGUAUGUUGUCUUCACAAUGUUCAUCAUCAUGGUGUGUGAACGUUAAAAUAAAAGCAUGAUCGCA